CGGCGAGCAGCCGGCGCGCUCUCCCUGGGAGCGCGUGUGUUUUUCCUAUCGCAGACACGCUUUUGCCGGCUUUAUUUUUUAACCCUUUGGGGUGGGGAGGGGGCACGCGGCCCCCCUGGUUGCUGCUUAUUCUUCUUUACCUGGAAAAUCCCCUCUCCGCUUGGACUUCUAAAUGGAAAAAUAUGGAUUUGGCGCUGGUGUGGUCCGGCGCGGAGGAUACCUGCUAACUGGGAUGGGAGAAGUUAUCCGGUGCCCGGCACGCCGUCUGUCUGGGAUGUGAUCCGGAGCGGGACUGCGUGGGAGCCCUCGGAGCCGAGACGCUCCAGUUGCUGUGGUAUCCAGGGAGCCCUCCUCCUUCUGCGGGAGAUGCACGCUGGUCGUUGCUAAGGUCGCCUCCGCGGUAACAUGCACAUCCUGUUUACACCUUUAUCUGGAGAAGUUGGGCUCGGUUAGAGGCACCCGCUUCACCCGGGCAGCCCCCAGGGAAGGGGCCGCCCCAAGCAUCCCCCCGCCGGACCCUCCAGGGAGCGUGCUACGGGAGCCGCGAGCCGGCGUCACCGCCACUGCGCCGGCAAGAUGACGAACAACGUGGCCGACCACCACCCCGGGAACUCGGUUGCCGAAGGCAACCAUGAAGGGGACUUUGGUUGCUCCGUGCUGGAGCUCAGGAACCUCAUGGAGCUGAGGAGCGCUGAGGCAGUUGCCCGGCUCAAUGACUCCUACGGUGGCGUGCAGAAUGUCUGCAAGAGGUUGAAGACGUCGCCAGUUGAAGGCCUGUCCGGGAACCCGACUGACCUGGAGAAGAGGCGGCAGGUCUUCGGCCAGAACUUCAUUCCUCCCAAAAAGGCCAAGACGUUCCUGCAGUUAGUGUGGGAGGCACUCCAGGACGUCACGCUGAUCAUCUUGGAAAUCGCAGCCAUAAUCUCCUUGGGCCUGUCCUUCUACCACCCUCCGGGCGGUGACAAUGAACUGUGCGGCCAGUCGGCGGGCGGUGUGGAGGACGAGGGCGAGUCACAGGCCGGCUGGAUCGAGGGGGCGGCUAUCUUGUUUUCGGUCAUCAUCGUGGUGCUGGUGACCGCCUUCAAUGACUGGAGCAAGGAGAAGCAAUUCCGGGGCCUCCAGAGCCGCAUUGAGCAGGAGCAGAAGUUCACGGUCAUCCGCAAAGGGCAGGUGAUUCAGAUCCCGGUGGCCGAGAUCGUGGUGGGAGACAUCGCGCAGAUCAAGUACGGUGAUCUCUUGCCAGCAGACGGGAUCCUGAUCCAAGGCAAUGACCUGAAAAUAGAUGAGAGUUCGCUGACUGGGGAGUCAGACCAAGUCAAGAAAUCGCUGGAUAAAGACCCCAUGCUGCUGUCAGGUACCCACGUGAUGGAGGGCUCCGGCAGGAUGGUGGUGACGGCUGUGGGUAUCAACUCCCAGACGGGAAUCAUCUUCACUCUCUUGGGUGCGGGAGAAGGAGACGAGGAAAAGAAGGUGAAGAAAGGUAAAAAAACCGGAGCCCCCGAAAAUCGCAACAAAGCUAAAACUCAGGAUGGUGUGGCCUUAGAGAUCCAGCCCCUGAAGAGCCAGGAAGGGGUGGAAAAUGAGGAGAAGGAGAAGAAGAAGGUAAAGGUGCCCAAGAAGGAGAAGUCUGUGCUGCAAGGGAAGCUCACGCGACUGGCGGUCCAGAUCGGGAAGGCAGGGCUGAUCAUGUCGGCCAUCACGGUCAUCAUCUUGGUGCUGUACUUCGUGAUUGACACGUUUGGGGUGCAGGGGCGUCCCUGGCUGGCAGAAUGCACCCCCAUUUACAUCCAGUACUUCGUCAAGUUCUUCAUCAUCGGUGUCACCGUGUUGGUGGUGGCUGUGCCUGAAGGGCUCCCGCUGGCGGUCACCAUCUCCCUGGCUUACUCCGUGAAGAAAAUGAUGAAGGACAACAACCUUGUGAGACACUUGGAUGCAUGCGAGACCAUGGGCAAUGCCACCGCCAUCUGCUCGGACAAGACGGGCACACUCACCAUGAACCGCAUGACCGUGGUGCAGGCCUACAUGGGGGACACCCACUACCGCCAGAUCCCCGACCCCGACGCCAUCCUGCCCAAGAUCCUGGACCUCAUAGUCAACGGUGUCGCCAUCAACUCCGCCUACACAUCCAAGAUCCUGCCACCUGAGAAGCAAGCGGGGCUACCCCGGCAAGUGGGGAACAAGACCGAGUGCGCCCUGCUGGGUUUCGUGCUGGACCUGAAGCAGGAUUACCAGGCUGUGCGGAACGAGGUGCCAGAGGAGAAGCUCUACAAGGUCUACACCUUCAACUCGGUGCGCAAAUCCAUGAGCACGGUGCUGAAGAACAGCAAUGGCGGCUUCCGCAUGUACAGCAAGGGAGCCUCCGAGAUCAUCCUCCGCAAGUGCACCAGGAUCCUGGACAAGAACGGUGACCCCCGGGUGUUCAAGGUGAAGGACCGGGAUGAGAUGGUGAAGAAGGUGAUAGAGCCCAUGGCCUGCCAUGGGCUGCGGACCAUCUGCCUGGCCUUCCGUGACUUCCCUGCUGAUGCUGAGCCAGACUGGGACAGCGAGAAUGAGAUCCUGUCUGACCUGACCUGCAUCGCUGUGGUCGGGAUAGAGGACCCUGUGCGGCCAGAGGUGCCAGAUGCCAUCCUGAAGUGCCAGCGUGCAGGGAUCACCGUCCGCAUGGUGACGGGGGACAACAUCAACACCGCCCGUGCCAUCGCCACCAAGUGUGGCAUCCUGCUGCCAGGGGAGGACUUCUUGUGCCUGGAGGGGAAGGAGUUCAACCGGCUCAUCCGCAACGAGAAGGGAGAGGUAGAGCAGGAGCAGCUGGAUAAGAUCUGGCCCAAGCUGCGUGUGCUGGCCCGUUCCUCCCCGACAGAUAAGCACACACUCGUGAAAGGAAUUAUCGACAGCACCAUUGGUGACCAGAGGCAGGUGGUGGCCGUGACCGGGGACGGGACCAAUGAUGGCCCAGCUUUGAAGAAAGCCGACGUUGGCUUUGCCAUGGGCAUCGCAGGCACGGAUGUGGCAAAGGAGGCUUCGGACAUCAUCCUAACGGAUGAUAAUUUCACCAGCAUCGUCAAGGCGGUGAUGUGGGGACGCAACGUCUACGACAGCAUCUCCAAGUUCUUGCAGUUCCAGCUGACCGUUAACGUCGUGGCCGUCAUCGUGGCCUUCACGGGUGCCUGCAUCACACAGGACUCUCCCCUGAAGGCUGUGCAGAUGCUGUGGGUGAACCUCAUCAUGGACACCUUCGCCUCCUUGGCCCUGGCCACGGAGCCCCCGUCCGAGUCGCUGCUGCUGCGCAAGCCGUACGGCCGCAACAAGCCGCUCAUCUCCCGCACCAUGAUGAAGAACAUCCUGGGCCACGCGGUGUACCAGCUAACUAUCAUUUUCACGCUGCUUUUUGCAGGGGAGAAGUUUUUUGACAUCGACAGUGGCCGAAAUGCCCCGCUCCACUCCCCACCCACCGAGCACUACACCAUCGUCUUCAACACCUUUGUCAUGAUGCAGUUGUUCAACGAGAUCAACGCGCGCAAGAUCCACGGGGAGAGGAACGUCUUUGAAGCCAUCUACCGCAACCCCAUCUUCUGCACAGUGGUGCUGGGGACAUUUGCAGCUCAGAUCAUCAUUGUGGAGUUUGGUGGGAAGCCGUUCAGCUGCUCCGGGCUCACCCUGAGCCAGUGGUUCUGGUGUAUUUUUAUCGGAGUGGGAGAGCUCCUCUGGGGACAGCUGAUCUGCACUGUCCCAACCAGCCACCUGAAGUUCCUGAAGGAAGCUGGGCACGGCAUCACCAAGGAGGAGAUCCCAGAGGAGGAGCUGCCUGAAGAUGUGGAUGAGAUCGACCACGCUGAGAUGGAGCUGCGGCGCGGGCAGAUCCUGUGGUUCAGGGGUCUCAACAGGAUACAGACGCAGAUGGACGUAGUUUACACAUUCCAGACCGGCGCCUCCUCUUUGCAGGGAGCCCUCAGGAGACAGCCUUCCAUCGUGAGCCAGCACCACGAUAUCAAAGUGGUGAAUGCGUUCCGUAGCUCCUUGUACGAAGGCCUCGAGAAACCCGAAUCCAGAAGCUCCAUCCAUAACUUCAUGACUCACCCAGAGUUCAUCCUGGAGGAAGACGAGCCUCGAACACCAUUCCUUGACGGCGCUGAAGACGACCCCGAGACUGACGGACUCAAAAAGCGAGGUGGGGGUAGCCUGGGUGGAUCUACAUCCCUCAACAGAAAUAACAAUGCAGUGGACAGCGAUCAAGCUGAGGUCACCGUCCCGGAGCCCGAAAGCCCCUUACACAGCUUGGAGACAUCGGUUUGACCUUAGAACUUCGAACCCCCCUCUCCUCCUCCUCCUCCUCCACCUUCGUCCCUCGCCCUGUGUGAUAUUGGCACCAGUAACUGAUCACACACUGCGGUCACUUCGUGUCAAACUGCUCAUACGUAUAUCAUUUUGGUGUUUUGUUUUUUGGGGGUUUUUGGGGUUUUUUUUAGUUGUUUUUCUUUUCUUUUACCAUUAUUUAGCAGUGGGAACCAGAGUACCACGAAUGCCGGGCGUUGGGAGAGAGGCUAAGCCAAACUUGUGCAUCUCCAUCCCCAAUUUUCAGUGGUACUCACCCAAGCGAAGCAGCCAGGUUAUUUCCUCUCCGAGAGUUGGGCUCCAUGUGUCUGUAGGGGGUUUUCACUUUGAAAAAUGCAUGUUCAAAGAAAGUUCAAAUUGUUGUAGUCUUACAUGCACGCUCUCAGCCCAAGGGCUGGGGUGCACUUGUGACUUUAUUUUAUUUUUUUUUUCCACUUGUGGUUUUUAGGGUUUUCUUCUAAUGGUGGGGUUUGUUCUUUGCUUGUGGGGUUUGCCCCCCGUGACUUCACAGUGGGAAGUGGGGGAGUUAGCACUCUAGUGCGAAAAAUUAAAAAUAAAUAAACAUAACCCAGCCAGGGGGAAGGUGUUUACUCACAGGUUGAUAGAUACAGGGAUGUACACCAGUCUUCCACCGUGAAAAAUGGUACCUAGCCUUUAAAGUUCCUCCUCUGCGUGUGCGCGCACACUUUUCUCUCUCUGUUUCCAAAGCAGUAAUUGGUAGACAAGGAACAAAGGUGACUUGGCUGGAACCUUGCUGGAUGUAAAAGAUUCUGAUUUUUUUUUUUUUUUUUCUCCAAAGCAAGGUGGAGGUGAACUGUCAGUGGAAAGGUGGUGAAGAAAAAACCCACAGUUGUAAGAAAUGGGGCUCCUUCCUGGGGCAUCUUAAGAGAUGCGCCUCAUCUGCUCUUGAACAGCUUUGUGAAAUUUUUGGUGAGAGCCUUGCAAAGGUUUAAUGGCUCCUGCAGAGGGACUUUUGCCUGUUCUGGCUUCUCUGUACUGUUGGGUUAAAUAUUCUUUCAGCCUUGGAGUAUGAGCGCUGGUUAACUGCUGAGGAACCCCAGAGGAUGCUCCAGCCGUGCCCACCAGCUCUGCACUUCGCUGCCAAAGCGUUAACAGGCUGAAUGGAGAACAAGCAUCGGGUUAUUGGCAGUGCAGCGGGUCGACUCCUAGAUCAUGGAAGGGAUAAGUUGGGUUGUCUCUUAGCCGGUGGAAGGGAGAGGAAGCUCCAGGGCCGAUGGAAGGACCCUUGAUUUCCAUAGCAAUUCUGUAGCUAGUUUGCCAGUGGAGGCAUUUCCUCACAGAGGUGGCAGGUUGGUUGGUUGGCCGCAGGUCUUCUGAAGAAGGUGCUGCGUGGAGGCUUUGCCUCACUUGCUGCUUUUUUGAAGGUCCUCCCUUCACCUUGCAUCCUGCCUCACCUCAGUCACUUGUAACCAUUCGGUGAGAGUCCUCAUGUUUUGGAGCAGAGGCCCCGGUUGUCAACGUGCCCAGGACUCUGAACUGACCCUCUUGGGAAGCCAUGGGACAGAGCAGGAGGCAGGAGUUUGCUUUGCUUGGGCUUAGUUUCUUCCCUGUGGACUCUUGCUGGUGCACCCCUGGUUACUGGCCCCAGGCAGGGCUGGAGGAAGCUCUGCUGCCUUCUCUUCUUUGUCCCCUUUGGCGUGGUUGGAAGCGGAGAGAACCUGGUUGUAACUGGCUGUACAACACCCUCGUCUUUGCCCAGCCUCCAUCCCUGGAAGCAGAGAGGUUUUAGUGAGAGGAGAGGUGGGGCUGGCUCGUUUCUUCUUUUCUUUCCUUUAAGAACGCACAGCAGAAUCUCCCGUGCCUUCUCCGAGCACUGCCUGCAGCACAGCCUGCCACGCGAGGGCCCAGUACUUUGCCAAGAUAUAAGUGUUCCUUAAACGACAACGCAAACCAAGUGUCUUUGUUUUGUUUCCAGCCCAGCACCGACUUGUCCCUUCCUUGGGGUGGGAGGAGGGAAGGACGAGGUCACCCCAUUCCUGCCCUAAAUAGCUGAGGAAAGGUCCUUCUCCCGGCUCUCCUGCCUCGGUGCUGGGGUGAAGGCUGGGCUCCGUACACUGCCAACAGCAAGAAGAAAUUGCCACCACUGCCCAUCUCAAUUAAAAAUUCAAUAUCGAGCCCCCUGCCCGCCCAGACAAACCCAUCGCUGCCCUCCCCAUUCCUUCUUCCCACGAGCUGAAAAAAUACCUUGGGCAGGACGGGGGGGGUAGGGCGGGGGGUGUUUUUUUGGGUUAUAGACAAGCGGUGACAGGAAAGACAAAAAGGGGGGGUGUCUGAGGGGUUUGGUUCUGUACUAAAGGUGACAUUGCUUAAAAGAUCACUUUUUCUAUUUUAAAUACUUGCAAAAAAAAAAAAAGAUGAAAAUAUGGUGUUCUUACAACUUACAUAAAUAUUUAUUAAAUACUUCGGGGGGGGAACACACCGUUUUUUGUUUUUUUCUUUUGAUAUUUUUUUAUUACCUCAGACCUGUUUUAAAAAAAAAAAAAAAAAGACUCAAACCAACAAAAAGCCGACUUUGGAGGCUCUCAAAGUCACUCCCAGAAAUCUGUGACUGGCAGGUUGCCACAAGGGUCUGGUUGUUCUUUAGUUGAUACUUUUUGUUGUUGUUGUUCUAGUUUCCAUAUUAGGAGGGGGAGAAAUAAUUAUAUAUAAAUAUUAUGCAAAAAAAAAAAAGUAUAUAGUUUUCUUUAGAUCAGAAACUGAUAUUUUUACGUCAGCCAUAUGUAUUUUGUUUAAAGAAAAAAAAUAAAUAAAGAAAUCUUGAGUCCCGCGUCUGCAGGGGCGCGUGACUGUGUGACAGCAGUUCAAAGUGACAGGUAAUUAAUUCCGUGUAUCAGCGAUCGGAUGCCAGUCAGCUUCCUUUUCUCUGAGCAGCCAUCUUUAUACUAGACAUUAGUUGGAUGACACAAAUGUGUUUUGUUGUUGUUUUUUUUUUUUUAUAUAUAUAUAUAAAUUAUGUUGGUAUGGCUGGUUGCUUAAAGCGUAAACGUUUAUUGUGCAUACAUCUUUUCUGUAAAAUAUUUCUUUUUUUUUUUUUUUCUAUUUAGUUUCAGUGAUAUACUGGCGGCAGAUGACUAUUGGGUUAAGUUAUUGAGGACAUUACAAAAGAGUUGGGGGAGAUUGGUGCUCUACGCUGAAAGGCAUGGUUGGCGGCACGAACUUUUCUGGGGACUCUCUGCAACAUGCCUUGAAAUAGGGGGAGAUUUUUUUUUUUUUUUUUUUUUUUUUUUUUGCUUGGUUUGAACUGCCACGAGUGUGCACGGGGGAGAAUGCCAUGCCAGACAGGAAUCGAAGUCAUACCCUGUGAUACGUGUUAACUUGCCUUGGAAUGCUUUGUUAUUAAAACACUCUGAACAUAAUUUUGCAUCCAGUUCUUAAUAACAGUAGGGUCUCUGGUGGUGGUGGUGGUUUUCUGUUAAAUAAAUUGGCGGAUUCGUACCAAAGACAUUACACCAUGUCCUGUGUGCAUUGCUGAACAGGCAUUUUUAGGCAUUUGCAUUAUGUGAUAAGGUUUCCUUUGAUUUGCACAGGGGUUAUACUUAAUUUUCAAAGGUUUUGUGCAAUAAGCUUUGAGGAAAAUUUUGAAACAAUCUCAAGAAGGAAAAAAACUAAACCAAAUUUUAGCAUGGGCAGCCUUCGGAGUAGAUGUCCUGUAGUGCUCAGCCCCUUUAGAAAUGCUUCUCGGGGUGAAAAGCCCCAUCCCAGAUCCAGCGAGGGCAUCUCCAAGAUGCCGUUGCCAGCUCCUGUUGCCCUCCAUGACUGCAGGGACCAAGCACCUCAAAGAGAGUCCCUGCAGGUUUUCGUACCUCUCCGGGGGGCGGGGGGAGGACGCAUGUACCUGUCUGCCAUUGCUCCUUAUCGCUGGGUCCAUCUCCUACAAGUUCUUCAACCCGUGGAGCACGCAACCCAUAAAACUCCUGCGAGCCCCGCUCUCUGUGCCAGGGAGGUACCGCUCUCCUGGUCCUGCCCCAACCAGCGAGGCUGGGGGGCAACGCCGGCGUGUUUCUUGGCACCUGGCUGUUCCUCUCCAGCAUCUCUCUGCCAAGGCUGUCCCCUGCCACCAAGACGGGCUGAUCUCUGGCUGUCCUCUGCCUCUGAUAUCCUCCUGCUCAACAAAAAAAAAAUAAAUACAAUUCUCAUUCAGCAAAGCCCAUGGCUAAAACUGCCUUUAGUUUAUUUCCUCCCUUUAAAUAAAUAUAUAUAUAUACAGUAUUAAACCAACAUUUGUGUGUGUAUAUAUAUUUAUCCAAUGCUCUCACAACAAAACUUUCUUUUGAGGAGGGCACGCAGAUCUGAGUUUUUCUUUUCCAGUAACUAAGUAUAAUAAGCACUGGUAUUUUUGUAUAAAAACAGAAAAAUACAAAACAAAAGACUGAAUAUUAUGUGGUAUGCAUGACAUUAAAAAAAAAAAAAAUGGUGGUUUCAAAGCAAUAUGUACCCUGGUGUGUUUGCCAUAUCCUAGAGUCCAGCUUAAAGUGCACCUGAUCUGUAUUGCAUUUUGAUAUUAAUCUCUAUGUACAAUGUUUUGCAUGUAAUUUAUAUGGUUCUUGGGAGAAAAAAAUUUUGAAUGAAUUGUCAGUUGGCUUCUUCUGAGAAAACAGACUCCAAGCAGAGAUAAUACUCAAAGUGGAAGCGGAUGAGUGGUUGAGG